GCGCGGCCGUCGCCAUAUUCUUCGUGCAGCGCAGUACAACGUUGGAGUGACCCAGUAAUGGAAGAACCGUACACCACAAAUAAAACCAGCGAAUUUUCUACUUAAGAAAUUCGAUUGAUUUAUCUAACAAGAUAGGCAGCCACAAGACAUUGCAGGUAGGGAGUUGAAAAUCUGUAACAACGACCACUGCUAACACCGCAAGGAUGUCCGACGCCUCCUCAGAAGCUCAAGCCGAUGGGCUGACGGAUUGGCAAACCAAAGAUCGUCUUGUGAAGGAGAAGGUCGCCAAUAUGUACCGCUUUACAAACAACGUUGAUCUACGUAGGAUGCCCCAGGAAACCUUCGAGACUGCGAUGGCCAGCCGUGCAACUCUGGCACUGCAUGCAGAACGGAGGAAGAGCACAAAUAAGGUCAAGCGGAAUUUUGAGACUAACUCGGUGGUUUCGUUCCACAGUGAUGAUAAACUUAUUCGAGUGGUACUUACCGAGAAUCUCCCUUUCAUGUGCACUCUGUGUGGAGAGACGUUCGUUCACACUCGACCAUUACAGGAUCAUGUAGAAGAGAAGCAUGGCUACUUCCAGGAAAAUAUUGAUCUUCAGGCACCAAGGAAAAAGCCGAUCAUCAUUGCAAAGAAUUUUGGACGGAAAGAAAAGAAUCCCCUACAAGAUAAACUUGAUGACUCUGAUGACGAAAAUGAUGAUGGUGAUUCAGUUGCGCCUGCGGUGGUAUCAGAUGCAGAACCAGAUAGACAGGGUGCAGAAGAUGAAGGUAUUGUACCUGUUGCUAUCGGCACUGUUACUGACGAUGGUGUUGAACUGCUUCUAUCUGAAAUGGCAAGCCAAGAAGAGGUUCCGACAACGGUAGAAGAAGACACUGCGAAAGAGCCGUUCCUCAAUGGCACCUCACCUUGUAAAGAAAUAGCUCCCCAGAAGGUUACGGUCGGAAGAAAAAAGCCGAAAAAGAAGAAAAAGAAACAGCGGAGAGACAAGUAUACUGUGGUGAACGCAGAGCAUAUUGUCAAGGAGCGUGAAGAGAGUGAGCGGAAGAAGCAGAAGCUGGAUGAGAAUGGGGAGCCAAGGGAAGUGAGGAAGUUGAGGCCGUUCUGCGUCAUUUGCCAUCUUCACUGUGAGAGUAGGGUGAUCUGCCGACAGCAUCUUGCCGAAGCACACAAUAUCUUUCCCAGCAGGGAGGCUGCAGAGAAAGCUUGGAAGCGAAUGAAGGAAAGGGGAGAAGAUCCGAUGGUGAAUGGAGCUGAUGAAUGCAGAGAUGGAGUUUCGAAUGAACAAAGGGAACAGGAGGAUGUCUCAAUGGAUUCCUUUGAUAAUGUCGAAGGUGAAAUCAUCAAAUGCGAGUUCUGUGAGUCCUACGUCUUUGACAAAAUCACCUAUGAGAAGCACAUGCGAGCUCACUGUGGUAACCCUGGGAUCAAAUGUGAUAUAUGCAGGGAGGGUAUUCGUCUGUGGGAAAAUCUGAUGUUGGACGAACUAAAGGAUCUAGGUGAAAGGAUGUUAUCCAAGGACAGGAGACCUCAGGAUGUGGAUUGCGACACUGGCAAGACUGCCCAGCGGAAAUAUCCGAAUUCCAGAAUUGUUUCAACCUGCUACGAAUGCAACGAACAGUUCUACCACAGCAGCCACAUUGGGAAUCACUAUGCAAAAGCGCAUUCGAGCAUCACAUGCAAAGAAUGCCAAAUCACACUUCCGAACAUGCAGGCCCUUGCCGUUCACAGUCUUGAUAAGCACAGACCAGGGGUCUUCAGAUGCCCUUGGUGUCCAAGGAGAUUCCAUGACAGAGGGAAGUAUAACUAUCACCUCGCUGGUCACAUGGGGCAGUACCGAUGCCCAGGGUGUGGGAGGAACUUUGUGGAGAAGCCGUCCCUCAAUUAUCACUUAAAGAAAUACGAAAAGUUUCCAGAGCACUUCCAGGGGCGUCAAAAGGUAGUCCAAGAGAUUUCUUUUGAAAAGCCGUUCUUAUCGAGUGGCAUCACAGAUCAUCAGAAUAGAGAACUUGUUGUCAUGGUGUGUGAGCUCUGCAAUGCCACUUUCCUCAAUAAGGGCGGUUACACCAGGCAUAUGAACAAAGUGCAUCCAGGGCAUCAAGGUCGACCCAUGGAAAAAUCAUUCAUUUGCGAUAUCUGUGGCAAUGUGUUUUGGUCCAAGACGAACUUGAUGAUGCACAAGAAAAUACAUGACAAGAAAUUUCCUUGCACCUAUCCAGGGUGCACUAAGAAGUUCUGGGCCCGGAGCAUGAUGAAAAAGCACAUGGAGACUCACGAGGGUGCCCCCACAUAUUUCUGCGAGGAUUGCGGGAGGACCUACAAGCAUUCUGGCUCACUGCGGCUCCACCGCAGAACCCACACAGAAGGAAGGGGCAAAUGCGAUAAAUGCGGUCUAGAAUUCAAGGGUCGCGCUAACCUCGCGAAGCACAUGAAUGAUGUCCACAAACAAGUGUUAUUGUUCACGUGUGGUGUCUGUGAUAUGCAGUUGGGUUCAAGGUCACAGCUUCUAUCUCAUGCUAAGGUGCACAGUGAGCACCUCCAGGGUUAUGUUUGUGAAACCUGUACCUGCGUAUUCCCAGAAGAGCGACUCCUCACACAGCACAUGCGUGUCCACAAUAAGACCUACCAAUGCAAUUAUUGCCAAGACGUCCUAGACAGUGCUGAUGCCUUGAAACGCCACCAUCUCCAAGAACAUGCUUUUCCUGCGCAACAAACCCCUGACAGUAUUCAGCAUUUUGAUGCUGAUACUACUAGCAUACAGAUCGAGGUUCAGGAUUCAGGUGUUGUUUUUAUGGAAUACCCAAGCACUGAUCAAGAAGCAACAGAUAGAGCGAUUGCAGCGAUUGUCUCUGAGUUACAGGGCCAAGAAUGACCCACAUAUAGUGGGGAUUCCCCUUAUAUCCAGAAAUCAAAUAGUCAUUUAAACAUUGUGGCCCGUAUUCUAAAGUUGGGUUUAACUUAGAUUAUGGUCUAACUCUGUGGCAAUUCAUGGAAAAUAAAUAUUACAAAAAUUCUUAUUAUAUUUUGCAUCUCACAUAUUUACUAUUUUGUUUCCUGUUGCUUUCAUAAUAAAGAAAAAUACUUCAAAAUACCUGUUAUCAUUCCCAGACAAUUAUGAACAAUUUGAAAAUCAAGUGAGUUAAUAAAUUGGAUGUGUACUUAUAGGGAUUUGUAUCCCAAUUGGCUCAUCAUACUUAAACCACAUCUUUAAACAAGGGUUUGAUUUAAACCCGAGUUCAGAAUACAGGCCUUAAUGUUUCUUUUAUUCAAGGCAGUAUGCUUUUUUGCUCAUGUGCCAACAUUAACCCUAAAUUGACUGGGCUAUUUUGAGACCUAUAACGAUUAACCAAAUAAUGCCCCUUUAAUACUAAUUUUUUGUUCACAGACUCUUUACAGGAAUCUGAUCAAAUGUACUUUUUAAAUAUUUCAAUAUAU